CGUGCAUUGUGGCUCCGUGAACCGCAGCUCUUCGUCUCAUCCGAAAGCUCUCCUUUCCUGCACACUCCUGAACAAGGGCAGAGAGGGGAAAGAAAAAAAAGAAAAAUGGAUAGAGUUCUCGGACUUGCCAUUGUGUGGAGUCUCUUGUGUGACGGAUCUGUCUGGGGGAAAUAUGUCAAGGGUGUCGUGAACACUAAAGAGGACUGGGUGUUUCUGACCAGGUUUUGUUUCCUCACUGAUUUUGGCAGACUGGACUUCAAAUUUCGUUACCCCAAGUCACACUGCUGUCAGAACAUAUUGCUCUAUUUUGAUGAAAGCUCGCAGUGGCCAGCUGUAUACAAGAGGCCAGACAAGGACUGCUAUCAGAAAGAGGCAGUCCUGAGGCCUGAGAACAACCAAGUCAUUAACCUCACCACCCGCUACACCUGGUCUGGAUGUGUGGUUGAAGAAGAGGAUGGUGAAGAAGUUCUCAGCUGUGUUGGAGGGCGUAGCUUCCGUUCAGUCAGAGAGAGGUGGUGGUACAUUGUGCUCAGUAAGUGUGGGGGCGGAGGGCUACAGCUGGAGUACGAGAUGAAGCUAACGAAUGGGCAGUCUUUUUGGAAACAACAUUUUUCUGCAGAUGAGUUUGGAAUUCUGGAAACAGACAUCACCUUCUUGGUUAUAUUUGCCAGUGUAUUUUCUCUCUCCUCCUAUUUUGCAUUUAAUCUGAAAGGACGUCAGCUGCUCCAUACCACAUAUAAGAUGUUUAUGACUGCAGCUGGAGUAGAGGUUCUCAGUUUGCUCUUCUUUUGUAUAUAUUGGGGCCUGUAUGCCAAAGAUGGAGUGGGAAAUGGGUGUCUAAAGAUACUCGGAAAAAUACUCUUCUCUGUUAGUUUCCUGAUCUUCCUCCUGAUGCUGAUUCUUCUAGGGAAAGGCUUCACUGUCACAAGAGCAAGAAUAAGUCACAGUGGCUCGAUCAAGCUAUCUAUCUACAUGACCAUCUAUACAAUUACCUACAUCAUCCUCUUCAUAUAUGAAGCUGAGUUUUUUGAUCCAGGUGAAGUACUGUAUGCUUAUGACAGUCCUGCUGGGUAUGGGCUGAUGGGCCUCCAGCUGCUGGCAUAUGUUUGGUUCUGCUAUGCUGUGUUGGUGUCUCUUAAGCAUUAUCCAGAGAAACAGCCAUUCUACAUCCCGUUCUUUGCUGCAUACACUCUUUGGUUUUUUGCUGUACCUGUCAUGGCUCUUAUUGCCAACUUUGGCAUAUCUCGAUGGGCCCGGGAGAAGAUUGUCAAUGGUAUUCAGCUCGGCAUCCACCUCUAUGCCCACACUGUCUUUUUAAUCAUCACGCGUCCAUCAGCAGCUAAUAAGAAUUUCCCUUAUCAUGUGCGAACGUCUCAAAUUGGUAUACUACUGUCGAGCCCUAAAGAGAUGGGGGCAGAGAGCUUCCCUCAUCAUGCCUACGGGAACAGCACCUUCCUGGGAGACUCUCAGCCGAACUUCACUGAACUCUUCUCCAUCCAGUCAGUCUCCGUGAAAAAUAUAAACGAGGCCAUGGGAUGGAAGGGACAAGAAAUGGCUCUGAACCCCGAUCCAAAGAUCAUCACCACAUCAUCACCGGUCGACUUUUCAACACCAUUUAGUCCUGUUAGGCCACCAACCAACUCCACUCUAUCGCCUCCUCCGAGACUAUCCUCUCAUUUUACUGAAUAUUUCAGCAUGCAGGGCAGAACAGUCUCUCAAGCAUAGUGAAGUAGACGUAGGUCUUUGGGAUCAUCCAAAUCAGUUUUUCAAGAUACAAAAGUGUUAGCGUGGUUUGUCAGAAAACAGAAUAUUACGUGUGUUUUUCUGCAAAGAGGAUUUGCACCAGAGAUAUAUUAAGACAGCAGGAGAUAUGAAGUGCUAAAUAAAAAGCAAUAAAUAUUUCAGCCAGAUUAAGGUGACUCUUGAGAAGACAUUUUGGUUGUACAUAGCACAGUAUAUUACAAAUGUAAGAUAUUCAGUA